GAUGAAAGCUCUGGACUAGAUCAUAGUCCAUCAACAGGAAGAUUCAAGAAGCCGUCAAGGACUCAAAAAGGAAAUAUGGCGUGCCCAAACUAUGGCAGCCUAAGCAAGGCUCAACUCACCUUUGAGUACCUGCACACAAAUUCGACAACUCAUGAGUUCUUAUUUGGAGCCUUGGCUGAGCUUGUUGAUAAUUCAAGAGAUGCUAAUGCCACACGAAUAGACAUUUAUACAGAAAAAAGGACAGAGUUGCGGGGUGGCUACAUGUUGUGUUUCCUGGAUGAUGGAAUUGGAAUGGAUCCCAAUGAAGCAAUGCAUGUUAUUCAUUUCGGAAAGUCAAACAAGAGGUCACCUGUGUCCACUCAGAUUGGACAGUAUGGAAAUGGACUGAAAUCUGGCUCUAUGCGUAUUGGAAAAGAUUUAAUCUUAUUCACAAAAAAAGGAAGUUCACUGACUUGCCUUUUCCUGUCAAGGACAUUUCAUGAAGAAGAAGGGCUGGGUGAGGUGAUUGUUCCCUUACCUUCCUGGGAUCUCAAAACAAAGGAGCCUCUGACAUCUGACCCAGAGAAGUAUGCCAUAGAGACAGAGCUGAUCUUCAAAUAUUCACCUUUUAAAAACAAACAGCAGCUGAUGGAGCAGUUCAACAAAAUAGAAAGCAGCAGUGGGACCCUUGUGAUCAUUUAUAAUCUGAAGCUGAUGGACAACAGAGAACCAGAGCUCGAUGUAGAGACGGAUCGUCAAGACAUUCUCAUGGCUGGGACACCUGCAGAAGGAGUGAAGCCAGAGAGGAGAUCAUUCAGAGCGUAUGCUGCUGUUCUGUACAUUGACCCACGGAUGAGGAUUUUCAUACAGGGACACAAAGUCAGGACUAAAAGACUGUCAUGUUGCCUUUAUAAACCAAGGGUUUAUAAAUACUCCUCGACUCGCUUUAAAACUCGAGCAGAGCAAGAAGUCAAGAAAGCAGAUCACCUUGCAAAAAUUGCUGAGGAAAAAGCCAGAGAGGCUGAAAGCAAACGCAUGGACUUAGAGGCCAGAUUAGGAGACGAUAUUUCGAAAGAUUCCCGGGUGAUUUUGAGAAAGGUUCAUGAUUCAGCCAUGAUGCUGCAACGUGAUGCUGACAUGAAAAAAAGGAUUCUUGAAGCCAAACAGAAAGCCUUAAAGGAGCCCAAGGAAUUGAAUUUUAUAUUUGGAGUGAACAUUAAACAAAGAGAUCUGGAUGGGAUGUUUGUGUACAACUGCUCCCGUCUCAUUAAAAUGUAUGAAAAGACAGGGCCGCAGCUGGAAGGUGGCAUGGCCUGUGGGGGUGUUGUUGGUGUAGUGGAUGUUCCAUAUUUAGUUCUAGAGCCGACUCACAACAAACAGGACUUUGCAGACGCUAAAGAGUAUCGCCACUUGCUCAAAUCCAUGGGAGCGCAUUUAGCUCAGUACUGGAAAGAUACAAAUAUUGCCCAGAAAGGCAUAGUGAAGUUCUGGGAUGAGUUUGGAUACCUUUCUGCUAGCUGGUCUGCACUGCCAUCAUCAGAGCUGAGAUACAAGAGACGCAGAGCCAUAGAGAUACCAAUUACUAUUCAGUGUGAUAAAUGUUUAAAGUGGAGAACAUUGCCGUUCCAGAUGGACACUGUAGACAAACGCUACCCAGACAGUUGGGUUUGUCUCAUGAACCCUGACGGCAAUCAGGACAGGUGUGAUGCCCCUGAACAGAAACAUAAUUUCCCUGUUGGUGUUCUGAAAAAAGAAAAGGUGACAGUGGAAGACAAACAGAAAGAGCUGGCAGAGAAAAUCAGACAGCAGCAGGAGAAACUGGAGGCCUUGCAGAAAACCAGCACCAUCAAAUCUGCAGCAGAUGUCAAAAAGCUACUACUUAACGUCAGCAUGAAACCAACCGAGAAUACUUUUCAGGCAACAAGAUCCUCAGACAGACCCACACGAACCCGUUCACCACCACUUCCAGCCCACCUUAAAAAUGCCCCUAGUGACCCUCCAGCUCGUGCUUCCUUACUGCGACCCACCCGUGCAGCUGCUGCACCUCCACCACCUCCAAAAGUGGAACAGUCAAGAUCAAAAGCUGUGUCAAAGACUCCACCUGCUCCAGCAAAGUCUGCACCCAAAACUUCUGCCAAAACACCUCCACCAACUCGCAGCUCGAGGACUCCGGCCAAAUCAUCACCUGCCAGAGGAGCAGCUGCUGGACAACGCAGGAGAUAUGUAGAGCAAGAGGAAAGUGAUGAAGAGGAGGAAGAAGAAGAAAAAGAAGAAGAGAGUGAAGAGGAAGAACCACAGACAAAGAAAUCAAAGAUGGCAGCAGCUGGUGGGAAAGUGUUAGAAAAAGCUUCGCCUCCCAAACGCGAAAAGUUGGAUGAGGUUAAAACAUUAUUCCAGGCUGCGAAAAAUAGAGUGUCUACUCCCACACGGCAAACACUAAACACAGCGAGCCCUGCUCCUAAAUCUGUUCCCAUUGAACAGCAUGGUGCUAAAGAUAAGGCACUCAACAAGGCUCCACAGCCAGAGAAUGACAGUAAAAAUGCUCAAAAAGAUAAUGGUCUUCUGGUUGAAGUACGUGUCAAUAAGGAGUGGUUCACAGGCGAAGUUAUUGCUGUGGAGACCAAUAAACAAAGCAUUCGUUGGAAAGUUAAGUUUGAUUAUGUGCCUCGGAACAUGGCCAAAGACCGAUGGGUGUUUAAGGGUAGUGAUGAGGUUCGGUUGAUGCGACCGCCAUCUCCAAUCUGUCAGACACCAGACACACAGCAGGAGACUGAGAAAGGUCCAGCACCUAUGGAACCAGACACAACUCAGCCAGGAACCAGUCGAGCAGUGACGGACAGCCUGGUCACAAUGUUAAGGACAAUGCUGCGUUACUUUUUUCCUCCUGCUUUCCGGAUCCCCAAAGAUGUUGUCAACAGCAUGACAGCAGAGGAAUUGGUGUCCUUUCCUUUGAAAGAAUAUUUCCAACAAUAUGAAUCUGGCCUGCAGUCUUUGUGUAACUCCUACCAGAGCAGAGCUGAUGCCAGGGCCAAGGCUGUGGAGGAGAAGAACCACAGCACAGAGGUCAAACUGAAGGAGGCAGAUGAGAAACUACAGAAACUGCGAACCAACAUUGUAGCACUUCUACAGAAAGUACAAGAGGACAUUGACAUAAACACAGAUGAUGAGCUUGAUGCCUACAUAGAGGAUCUUCUGACCAAGGGUGAUUAAAAAGACAGAAGAGAAACAAUGAAAACAAGAGAACAUGCACAUUAACAGAUUUCAAGUUCCAUCAUGACUAUUACAAACUGACUUGAGUUGACCUAUGCUAACAAGAAGAGUUCACCAGGAGUAUUUGUGUGUAUUUUUAACAUUGAUCCUUUUAAAUGUUAGAUGAUAAAUCAUACAUUUGAUCUCAGUGUUUUGACAGCAACACUAUACUCUUGAGUUGAUGUUCUCUAAUGGAUCUAUGGUCUUGACUAGUAACUCCUACGGGCCUGAGGUUUUUAUUUUAGAUUUUUAUAUACAUACAUGCUACAAAACCCUAUGUCAUUGUGUAUUCAGGCCUUGCUGUCCUGAUGAGCCUUGAAACUGUUUUCUAGGUUCAUUAGAAUUUCAUCUUAAUUUAUAGCCAACUGUUUGUCUUAUUAACAGCACACUACACUUAUUUGUCAUAUGUUUAUUGUCUCAUGUGUGAGAAUUGGACGAUUUACUUAAACAUUAAGUUUAUGUGGGCUGAGCAACAAGCUGCUACAUUUGCCUAAACAUUUAUUUUUAUUUUAUUAAGUGUUGCCCAAAACACUCCUCUACUAUGGCAUGCUGUUAAGCAAUUUGUAUCAUAUUUGAUACAUUGGGUCACAAUGCUCAAAGAUUAUUUUUUCCUGAACAAACAAAAACAUAAUAAAACACAAACAAAUCUAACAAA